AUGGAUACCAAGAAGCUAUUAAAUCAAGGAGAAGAGUUAUGGAAACGAGCUGAAAAGAUCAAUGGAGAAUUCUUUGCUUUAACUUACGGAGCUUUAGUCGUUCAACUCGUCAAAGAUUAUGAGGAUUACGCUCAGGUCAAUCAACAACUCGAUAAAAUGGGCUAUAACAUUGGAACAAGACUGAUCGAAGAUUUUUUAGCAAGAUCUUCACUUCCCAGAUGUUCAACUUUCCGUGAUGUAGGCGAAGUAACUUCAAAAGUAGCCUUCAAGACCUUUAUCGGUUAUUCACCCAAUGUAACACACAAUCCUCAAGUCACGAGUGGACUCAAAGAAUUCACUUUACAUUUCGAUGAGAACAUUUUGGCAGAAUACGUAGAGCUUCCAGAGGACGCCUUAGGAGCCCAAUUGAAAGCAGGUGAUUCCAACUCAGUGGGUGGCUUAUGGUAUAGUCAAGUUCUAUGUGGGGUGAUUCGGGGAGCAUUGGAAAUGGUUGGAAUGUCCGUCGAGGCCAAGUUUGUAUCUGAUACAUUAAGAGGUGAUGAGACAACAGAGAUGCGAGUGCGAUUGAUCAAAUAUCUAGAGGAUGAAGUUCCUCAGGGUGACGAUUGA